CUGGCCUUCAAAGCAAGAGUGUGUGAGUAUUCAAAGAAAAAAUAUCUGCAAAACCUGGCCUUCAAAGCAAGAGUGUGUGAGUAUUCAAAGAAAAAAUAUCUGCAAAACCUAGUCUUCAAAAGAAGAGUGUGUGAGUAUUCUGUAAUGAAAUAUCAUAAAGAUGUGAACUUCCGUGUGCUUUCAAUACAAAAAGGUUGUGAAAAGUAUGCAAGAAAGAAGGAACAACAAGACAUUGCUGUUGCUAUUGGUAAUUUUAGACAAGAAAUUAGUAGUGGUCCAGAGUUUGUGUGCUGUGUCUGUCACCGUUUACUUUUCAGAAAGCAGGUUGUUGAAUGUAGAAGACAAUGCUAUGAAGACAAAGGUGUAAAAAUCGCUGCUUUGGGAAGAAGAUGCAUCACAACCAGGUAUGUUCAUGUCUGUGAUCAAAAGUGUGAAGGAUCUUCUGCUCAUUCCUCAGGGUGCAAAUUAUGGAUCUGUCUAACGUGUCAUCGAAAAAUCCUCUGUGGACAACUGCCCGAAGAGAGCGUUGCAAACAACAUGCAUUUGGUGGAUGUUCCAAAUCAACUGAAAUGCCUCAACUCUUUGGAACAACAUCUAAUUGCACGUAACAUUCCUUUUAUGAAAUUACUGUGCCUUCCUCGUGGUAAACAACAUGGAUGCCAUGGCCCUGUAGUGUGCGUCCCGGUUAAUGCCACAGAUGUGUCCAAUAUCCUUCCACGAAAUGAAUGUGAUGACAAGAUGAUAAGGAUCAAACUGAAACGCAAGUUAACCUACAAAGGGCAUUAUGAGUACAAGUAUGUACACACUGAUCGUGUUCGAAAUGCUCUGAAAUAUUUGAUCCGGUUCAAUAAGUGGUUUGGUGAUGUGGAGAUUAAUCAACAGUGGAUCAACUCUUUGAACGAACCAGAAGAAAAUGUUGAUGAAAUGGAGCAACAAGACGUAGUUGAAAAGAUUGAUGAUGAAAAUGACCUUGAUGAACAGCAAGAGGAAGACCUUACCUACAUCAAAGAGCAAAGUGGUCUUUUGUCAGAUACGUCAUUGCAACCUGUGGACAUCGGUUCAGAAGUAAUUGAUCAGCAUUUCCAGGAUGUAUUAAAUCUGGCACCUGCUGAAGGUAACAGUCCUGUUAGUUUGUUAUCUGAUAGGUCUAACGAAGCAAAAUGUUUCCCUGUUCUAUAUCCAACUGGUGGUCCAACAUUUCAUGAUAAGAGGGAGGUAAAAAUAACAUUGUCAAGAUACUUGAAUGCAAGAAUCCUCAAUGCGGAUGGACGUUUUGCACAAAGCACAGACUUCAUUUUCUAUGCACAGUAUCUGUCGGAGAUUGAUCAAGUUGUAUCCAAUGUUUCAAUUGCUUUGCGCAAAGGAUCUGAGAAGAGUUUGUUGACUGAAGUGACUUCAGAUGUACUAACAAACCCAGACUCGUUAUCUAAAAUCUUGAAUUUUGAUGAAGGAUACAAGUUUUUGAGACCAAUCCGUGGAACACCUCCAUAUUGGCAGUCUACUCAAAAGGACCUUUUUGCACUUGUAAGACAGCUAGGUAUUCCAACUUUCUUUGCAUCCUUUAGUUCUGCGGAUCUCAGAUGGCCAGAAAUGAUUAGUACUAUAAUCAAACAGGAAGGGAAAAAUGUGAAAGCAGAUGAACUUGACUGGUCUGAAAAAUGUGGAUUGAUUAGACGAAACCCAGUGACUGCUGCAAGAAUGUUUGAUCAUAGAUGGCAUUGUUUUCUGAGAAAUGUAAUCAUGUCUUCAGCUCAACCGAUCGGGAAAAUAGUAGAUUACUUUUAUCGCGUAGAGUUUCAACAGCGUGGAUCUCCUCAUGUUCACUGUCUGUUUUGGGUUGAAAAUGCCCCAACGUUAAAUGAAGACAAUGAAGAAAACGAUGGUUUGGUUGCUAGUUUCAUUGAUCGUUACAUCACUUGUGAGACCCCAAGCGAGGAUGAAACUGAACUGUUUGAGAUUGUCAACGGUGUUCAGAAGCACAGUGUCAGACAUUCAAAGACAUGUCGUAAGAAAAAGACAGUUUGCAGAUUUAAUUUUCCACGACCCCCAUCAAGCCGUACCUUUAUUACAAGAGGUGGUAGUCGAGACGAUUUGAAAAGCGGUGACGGAAAAGAUACUGCACGUACAGUUUUAGAAAAAGUGAAAAAGGCUUUAACAGCUUCUGAUAUGGAUUAUGACUCAACUGAUGCAUUUUUUGAAUCCAUUGGUAUUAACCAAGCUCUCUUUGAGAAAGUGUAUGCACAGUGUUCCAAAAAGAAAUCCGUUGUCCUGAAAAGAAGUCCAAAAGACGUCUGGGUGAACCAGUAUAAUAAACAUUUACUGCGUGCCUGGCAAGGCAACAUGGAUAUCCAGUACGUCACUGAUGCUUACUCUGUAGUGGUUUACAUUAUCAGUUACAUCACAAAAGCAGAACAAGAAAUGGGAUUGUUGCUGCAACGUGCGCAAAACGAAGCCAUGAAUGGAAACCUUGAAGCGAGAUCAUCACUGAAGAUGCUUGGUAGUGUAUAUCUUCACAACAGAGAAGUUUCUGCUCAAGAGGCUGUGUAUCGUCUGACCGGUAUGCACUUGAAGGAAUGUUCUCGUAAAGUCCAGUUUAUUCCAAUUGGAUUGAAUCCUGUAAAGAUGAGUUUGCCUCUUCGUGUCAUCAAAAACAAAGUUGAUCAGUCUGGUGAAGAAGCUAGCUUUUGGAUGACUAGUCUGGUUGACCGAUACAAGAAUAGGCCAAACACGGAAGAGUUUGAGACCCAAUGUCUUGCAAGUUUUUGCUCUGAAAACAGGAUCUUGUCAAAAUCGGAGGUUUCUUCACAAAAAAAGUCUUCUGAAGACAAGGUGAUCAAGCUUAACAACGACUGUGGUUAUAUGAUGAAGAGAACUCGAACUGACCCUGCUGUUGUUCGAUAUCCGAGAUUUUCUCCCAAAAAAGAUCCAGAAAAGUACUUUCAUUCAUUGUUGCAACUUUUCUUGCCACAUUAUGAAGAUUGUCAGCUCAAGCCUGAGAGUUUUAGCACUUAUGAGGAAUUCUACAACAGUGGUGCUGUGAAAUGUGGGAGAAAUGUGACUCAAGUCAAAUGUAUUGUUGAUGCUAAUCGAGCACUCUUUGAAAAGGAAAGUGACAAAAUUGGUCGAGCUCAACAGCUUUUGGAGCAAGGUGUUGAUUUGGAAGAUGCUUGGGCUGCGUUAUGUCCUGAAACUGAAAAGGAACGUCACGAAUGUUUAGAACUAAGGAAGAGUAAUACAAUUCCUGAUGAAGAUGAUUCUGAGUGUUCUAUUCCAGAUCUUGUAACGAACCCUCGAACUCCAUACAGUAUUGAAACCAAUCAGGCUGGAAUUUCUAGAGAAGAAGCAUUAUGUUUACUGCGAUCAUUAAAUGCACAACAAUGUGCAAUCUUUUACAAAGUACGGAAAUGGUGUUUAGAGAAACUUCUUGGUGAAAACCCUGAACCAUUUCACUUGUUUGUCACUGGUGGAGCAGGCACAGGCAAGAGUCAUUUAAUCAAAGCGAUCUACUAUGAAUCCUCCAGACUUUUAUCUCAGCUGUCCGAAAACCCUGAUGAUAGAAGUGUGAUUUUAACUGCGUCAACCGGAGUGGCCAGUUUUCAAAUUGGUGCUUCUACAAUCCAUAAUACCUUUUCCAUAGGUGCCAAUGUCAAACUGCCAUAUCAGCCCCUAAGUGAUGACAAAAUCAAUUCACUGCGUGCAAAACUGGGAGGUUUGCAGAUUCUGAUCAUUGAUGAGGUGUCUAUGGUUGACCAUCACCUUUUGUCUUAUGUUCAUGGUAGAUUGAGACAAAUUAAGCAAACUGGUGACUACUCAAUUUUUGGAAGAGUCAGUUUGGUCUGUGUUGGUGAUUUUUAUCAGCUACCGCCAGUCAAGGGAAUUCCCCUGUACGUUGAUCCAAAAGGAGUGAAUCUUUGGGAUACCAACUUUGAAAUUGCUGAACUAACACAAGUUGUCAGGCAACAAGAUGCAUCUUUUGCUGAAAUGUUAAAUCGUCUGAGAGUUCAUAAAAAGAACGAAACUCUAAGCCCAAAUGACAUCAACAUGUUGAAGCAACGUGAAACUGGUGAAGAAUGCGAUGCUAUUCAUAUAUUCCCUACAAAUGCUCAGGUUGAUGAGUACAAUAUACAGAAACUUAAUGAGCGUUGUCCUGAGGCAAUCACUAUUCACGCUAGAGACUUUGCUAGAAAUCCAGAAACUGGAAGAAUAGAAAGGAAAGUUGGAUUUCAUGCAAAAGUUUUCAACUCUUGUUUGGACAAAUGUGUUUCCUUGGGUGUUGGUGCCAGAGUAAUGCUUAGGAAAAAUGUUGAUGUUUCUGAUGGACUUGUCAAUGGAGCCUGUGGCACAGUUGUCCACAUAAGCAGAAAACAAAGACGUGAUGAUGAUGAAGAUGAUGACUUCCCAUCAGCUAUCCAUGUUGAAUUUGAUGAUCCAAAUGUUGGUAAAGUUCAGAGAUCGAAGCUGCGACAGAAAUAUUCUCCAAAUUCAACUGUUAUUGAAGUGGAAGAAGAUCAAGUCUCAAACGAUGGUGGUUUAAGACGUCAGUUUCCACUUAAAUUGGCAUGGGCAUGCACCGUUCAUAAAGUGCAAGGACUCACAGUAGAUCAAGCGGUCGUCUCACUUGACAAGGUAUUUUCUCCGGGACAAGCAUAUGUUGCACUGAGUCGUGUGAGAACCCUCGAUGGACUAAUAAUUAAUAACUUCAAAGACUCUGUCAUAUAUUGUAAUGAGAAAAUUGACUCCGCUAUGAAAAACAUGCCCCGACUUACUUUAGAAAAUUACAGUUUUGUAAAGACACCUGGCGUGUUUACAAUUGCUCUUCAUAAUGUACAAAGUCUUCGAGCUCAUGUUCAAGAUCUUCAAGUUCACAGACAGAUAAUGAAUGCAGAUUGCAUCGGUUUAACUGAAACGUGGCUAAAAGUUGAAGACCAAGUACAGAUUCCAGGAUUUGUUUUUAAGAGCAAUCCAAGAGCUAAAUGUUAUGACAACAGUACUCCACUUUUCACUGAUUUAAAACAACAAAGAGGAGGUGGAGUUGGACUAUUCUGUUGUGAAAGCAUUCAUUUUAAUGUCAGGGUUCCAGAACCUUGUAACUUGGAAUGUCUAUACUUUGCAGUUCCACAUCUAAGUUUGAAUGCUGCUUUGCUGUACAGACCUAAUUCAUAUCCACUUAAUCUGUUUCGACAAAAUAUGUUGCAUGUUAUUGAUGAGCUGGAGAAACAGUCAGGAAAGAAAGUGAUUAUGGGAGACUUCAAUGAGGACAUCUUGACAUCAUCUACAAUUGGUACACUAAUGGAACUACAUGGAUACAGUCAACAUGUGCAACACCCUACCACUGAAAAAGGUACACUGAUAGACCAUGUCUAUGUUAAAGAUGCAGAUAAUGUCUCUGUUGAAAUUGUGCAAACGUAUUACAGUUACCACCAAGCAGUCCUUAUUUCACUGAGGUAAAAAUUAAUGUGUGUGAUUAUGUAAUGAAAUCUCUAUAACCUGCAUUAUUUGUUUCUUGUCUGUGCUCUUACUUGUUCAAUGUUCAUCCUGAGCUUCCAACUGGCAUACAACUGCAGGGCAAGUGUACAACUGGAGACGGUAUGUUCUAAGUCUAUCUAUAUCUAAAUGAAUAACUCUUAUAAUGAUCCAUCAGUUGAAUAUGUACAGCUGUUCCAUGUUAUGAUUGAAGUAUUAUCUGAAGGUAAUCCAUUUUAUCAAUGCAACACUCUGAAAUGAGAAUUGUAUCACUGUAUUGUCUGUUCUGUUUUUGUGUCCAUACGAUAUGAGUGCUAUCCUGAGAUUCCAACAUGGUCAGAGUCCAGUUAAUCCAGCCUGUAAUUCAAACAAGUGAUCAUCAUUUUCAACGCAACAUCUCCCAUAAUUGCUCUUCUUUCUUGAGCUAGUAAACUUCACCCAGCCAAGUCAUUCUAAGCCAUCCAAAUCAUAAUGGAUGCUUCCAAACAUUAUAGGAAGCAUCCACAAAGACUGCCUGCAUCCAUCCAUUUGUCUCCUAAUAUCACAAUUAAGUCAAUAGAACAACACAAAAUUGGUUUGUGCAUCAACUAACUACUAACUACUGUCAAAGAUUUCUGCAAUGUUACACUUCAAACUUCCGCCUUAUCCAUUAUGAUUCUCGGCUCCACAAACUGUUUUUAUGAAGAGGCACACAACCAAUCAAAAGGUUUGUGCAUGAAAACCCAAUAUCUACGGUCCACUACUCCAAAAAGAUUUCUGCAAUGUUACACUUCAAACUUCCGCCUUAUCCAUUAAGAUUCUCCGCUCCAUGAACUGUUUUUAUGAAGAGGCACACAACCAAUCAAAAGGUUUGUGCAUGAAAACCCAAUAUCUACGGUCCACUUCUCCAAAAAGAUUUCUGCAAUGUUACACUUCAAACUUCCACCUUAUCCAUUAUGAUUCUCCACUCCACUAACUGUUUUUAUGAAGAGGCACACAACCAAUCAAAAGUGAAUACAAAAUCAUUGUUCAAGUAUCUUCAGAAAAUGUCCCGGCAAAACUAUAAACCGAUGCAGGCAGUCAAUAGUCAAAGAUAUCACAAAUGCAUAACCACAAAAGUAACACAAUUCUAUAUGAAAUGUUGGAUGGAUGGCUUGUAUUAUAUUUGGCCUAUGUACAGCAAACUUAGAUGCCAGCCAAAGGAGGAUGGCUUGCCCCUGCUGAGUCUGGUUCCUCCCAAGGUUUCUCCCUAUACCUCUCUGCUGAUGAUCCUCUUCACUAAUUUAGGGAGUUUUUCCUUGCCACUGUUGCCUUCUGGCUUGCUCACUGGGGUUUUAAGGCACAAUAUUUUCAAUGUAAAUUGUUUGUAAAGAACAAUAAAUACAUGAUGAAUUAGAA